UAGACUUUACACUUGAAGCACGCUUCGUCCUUAAAAGCACCAUGAGUGAUGUUGAGGUAAUAUCUGCUGAAAAUAAGAAUAUAAACACGAAAUAUAAAUUAACUACGACUGGGGCAACAAUAUUAGGAAUAUCAGGUGCGAUAGCUGUGGGUUUCUAUGCGGUGGUAACACCUUUCUUGUCACCAGCUCUUCGUAAAGUGUGCCUUCCCUUCGUCCCAGCAACCACGACUCAAGUUCAAAAUGUGAUGAGGGCAUUAAAAGGCUCGGGUGGUGGGACCUUACUUGACAUUGGCAGUGGUGACGGUCGCAUUGUGUUAGAAGCAGCAAAGCAUGGUUUCAAGGCAACAGGUGUUGAGCUCAAUAUCUGGUUGGUGCUCUACUCUAAGUUUAGGUCAUGGCGAUUAGGAUUGAACCAACGAGCUGGUUUUGUAAGGCAGGACUUGUGGAAGACUGAUUUGUCAGAGUUUGAUAAUAUUGUAAUCUUUGGAGUGGAACAAAUGAUGAUGCCACUAAAAGACAAACUAAAUAAAGAAAUGCACAGCAGCAUGUCUGUUGUGGCCUGCAGAUUUCCUUUUCCUGAUUGGGAACCAUACCAAACAAUAGGAACUGGCAUUGAUACAGUGUGGCUUUACAGAAAAUCUUCUUCACCCAGCAUAAAAGAACACAACACUGAAGAUUUAGAGAUGGAAAGAUGACUUGCAAAUCCCAAUUAUACUGAAGCAAUUCGAAACUAACAAGUUCCAAACCAUCUCCUUUGGUCAGUCACCUUCUUUUUGUCAUAUUGAAGGCCUCUCUUGUGGUAGUUGAGUGAUGUGUAAUGAUUACUUCCUGUUGAGGUAAAUGUUUCAUUACAAACGACAUCAUUAUUUGGUCACAAACCAUUUUGUUGGACAGGAGAAACCAGUUUUAGUCACUGGCCAAUGAGAAAUAAACAAAGUUCUCACUUUGCAGCUAGCCUUCAAAUUGAAAGCAUCUGUAAACUGGAUCGUCACAUCAUAUAUACACAGAGGUGCAGAUUCACUUGUAUGUGCAGACUCAUUUGUAUGUACAUCUGUUCCCGUAUACACACAUCCCUUGUAUAUAUUCCCACAGUAUACAUGUAAAGUUUUUCUUGCUUUAGACUUCAACUAAUUGUGCUUUCCCUUACAACACUAGUAGUAGAAGAAAGUUCUCCAGACAUUCUGCUGUUAGUCAAUAUUGAACCAGGUUUAAUUACAUGGCUUACUUGGCCAAGACAAACAUUUUAUGUUGAAGCUUUUUUUACCAGCCAUAUUAUUUUACCACAUUGGCUGGUCAAUCAAUGACUAACAGCAAGCAGUAAAAAAAAUAUUUCAGUCAGUUUUUCCUACAGAUUAAAAUCUAUUUCUAUA